AUGAAAAGUUUUCAGCUAAUAAUCUUAUAUUCGUUAAUCGCUUUAAUUGCGAGUGAUUUUGGCGACGAUUUAAGUUCAAGUGAAGAAAGAGAAUUACUUUGUUCAUUUAGUGUCACGAAGCACAGCAUUAAUCCUAAAAUGGAAGUUUUCCUUGCCAAUCUUAGUGAUAAUGAAUUUAAAGAAUUGAAAUUAACGACAAACCGAAGAAGUUUUCGUGGAAUUUGUAGACGAAUUCAACAGAAGUUAGUUGGCUUUCAAACGAAGAUUUAUAAGGAAUUAAUUCCAUGUUUACGAAACGAAACAAUACCUGAAUACGAAUCUUAUAUAAAGAUAACACAAAAGGUCUCAGGAUUUAUUUGUAAGCUCGAUGAACGUCGUUUAGAGAUUCUGACAAAUAUUGCCAAUUAUGAAGCCGUUUUAUCGGCUGGCGAAAAGCUGCUUAACUGUGCAAGAAAUUCCACAAGCAAUGAAUUCAAUUUCUCGUCUGAUUUUUGUUCUAUAAACGAAGAAGAUCUUUAUGAAUGUUCAUUAAACAUUCUAGGUGCUGAUAACACAAAGCCACGAACUUUGCUCAAAAUGCUUUGGAAGCUCCUUUCUUCUCUUAUCAAUUGCGGGAAUUCCUCAACAAUCACUUCGACGAAAAAAAUUAAUGCAAAUUACGUCUCGGGAUAUAUUAAUCGUUUGCUACUUCCAAUCAUUCAAGAUGUUUUUCGUGAUAACAUCAACCAAAUUGUCAAUAUCAGACAUGAAUAA